CCCCUUGUUCCAGCAGUAAAGCAGAGGAGGAAGAGGAGAGGAGUAUCUUUCUUUAGAAUUUAGAUUAUGAUCUCUGUCUCUGUCUCUGUCUCUCUUUAUUAAAGAAAUCUCCUCUUUUCAUGCUCUCAAAAUGCUCAUAUAUUUGCACAAUCUCUCCUUCGCCCGCAACUUCUUGCUUCUCAAUGACUCCAUCGCCCUUCUCCUCUUCCUUUGCCUUCACUCCAUUAACAACUCAUUCUUAAAACCCUUAGGGCCUCACAAAGUCUCCUAGGAAAGAAAACCAAAGCAUGUCGUCUUCUCAACAACAGCCAGGUUUUUACCCAAACACUGCAACGUCCACGCAGGCUGCUGCUCCUCCAUCUCACUCAGAUGGGUCGUUUGGAAUGGUUUUCAUUGUCUUGGCAAUCAUAGUCGCCGUCUCCGCCCUGGCCUGCUUUUUGGGGCGGUUCUGUAGCCGGCGCCGCCACAACCCCAAGGACAUGCAGAGCCAUGGCUCGUGGCCCAAGGAAAGGGAGGGGAAACAAAAGCAGAAGCAGAACCAGAACCAGAAACCAGAGAAGAAACAGAAGUUUCAUGGCAGGGACAGGGAAGGCGACAUCGAGUUCGGCUUCGGGAAUAAGGGCUUCCCGCCGCCGGCCAAGCCGUUUGGGAAAGGACAAGGCAACGGGUUCAGAGAAGGUGGGAAUGGUGAACUUAACGGCGCUCAUCAUCAACGCCCGUUUGCCGGUGAAUGGGAGCCGAAGAUGCCUCAGUACUGAUGAAAUAUGCUGGCUCUUUAAGGUUCAAAUAUGGUGGCCCUUUCUUCUGCAGGGCUGCCUUUAAAUCCCUCCCUAUCCACAUCAUUGUAAUAUUUUCUCUUUUCUCGUAGGUAGCUUGGGAUAGAUAUGCUGUGUCAUGGGUGUGCAAAAUCGGGAUAUUAUAUUCGCUGCUUGUCAAAGGCUGAUGACAAAAUGUGCUUCAAACUGAAACUUUAAGAAAAAUAUUCAAUUGGGUUAUAAUCA